AUGGCCAGCAAGGAGCUCUCCAAACAAGCUCCAGAGACCCUCACCUUGGACGUGUCCGUCUUUCCCAAGCUGAACACGCAGCAGGCCGGCCAUUUGAGACACUACUACAAUCUCGUCGCUCAGCCAGACGGCGACUGGCGCUACUUCGAGACGGCUGAUGGACAUGAAGAGUUCGACGAUGCCCGACGUUACCAGCUGGCCACAAUGGCGUAUGCUACAGGAGCAGCGCACUAUCACCGCCUUCCGGCCUUGCGAGGAGCGUUUAAACGCCUGAUGCACCUAAUGAUUUCGAAGAUGCUGCGCAAGGAAGUCUGGAGCUACUGGUUCCUUGCGAGCCAUGGCGGUAAGCAACUCGAUCCAGACCUCAAGGAACUUCGCAAGCCUUGGGCCGAUCCUGUUGUGGAGGAGAACAUCAUGUACAGCGGCCACUUGCUGUUGAUGACGAGUCUGUACGCCAUGUUGUUCGAUGACGAUGAGUAUGAACGGGAUGGUGCACUCACAUUCCGGUGGGAUCCUCUGUUCUGGGGUCUGGGGUCUGAGGACUUUGUUUACGACAAUGCGAAGCUUGAGAAGGCGAUUCUACGGCAGAUGGAGGAGAAUGAAUGGGUGGGAGUGUGUUGCGAGCCGAACGCUGUCUUUGUCGUGUGCAAUCAAUUUCCGCUGAUCGCCAUGAGAUACAACGACGUGCGUCAAGGCACAAAUUAUGUCGAAAGUAACAUACUGCCAAAAUAUAGAGCUGCGCUGUCCAAGAAGGGCCUCCUUGGUGAGAAUGGCCUCUACGCCACAUUUUUUGCUCUCAAGCAGAAGAAGAGCAUUCCUGCCAGGCACGGAGCCCACACCGCGUGGGCGAAUGCUUUCAUGCAUGGAUGGAAUUCGGACUUCGUCCGAGCCUCGUAUGAAAAGCAGACACUCGGUUUCUUGACACAUUUCGAUUCCAAGACGCAACUACAGCCCACACGAGUGGCAAUGGCCUUCCGUCGCUUGGUAGCCGAAGAGAAUCUCGACCCUGAAGACAAGACAACUCUUGACAAAGCGCGCGACGAGUCGUCCAAGGUCAACACCCACUUUCCGUACGAGACGCUGAAUUGGUUGGGUUUCACUAUGAUGCUGUCUGAACUUGGCAAGCGGAAAGAACUUGACGAUCUGUUGGACUACGCGGACACGCAUCUCGGCCCAGCCUGGGUGAAGGGCGGUCUCUACUACCCACGAAACGGAGCACUGUAUGACGAAGAUGGCAACUUCGUCCACAUGGAACCACAUUCGGGCAACUCAGGCAUUGGGUACGCAAGGCUAAACGUAUCGAACGGACAGAAGACGAUGUGGGAGCGGCCUUGGACUCGUGAGGUGCUCGAAAGCAGGCCCUGGCUUGAUGGGGCCGGCUUUGAUGGUGGAAUCGACUUCCUUCGCGGUGUCUGGCACGCAGAGCAGAAGGCCAUGAUUCUGACUGUGCGAAGAUGGGAAGCGGUCAACAAGGCCGCGACGUUCGUGAUGAAGAACGCCGGGGCCGCACAGUGGGCUAUUUACGUCAACGGCAGCUUGAAGGAGAUCAAGGACUCAUCGGGAGAUGGAGAGGUCGAGAUCACGGAAAUGGUUGACCAACGGGAGCUGGAUAUAGUAGUAAAGGAGUUGGUAUAG